AGUCUCGGAGGUUUUUAGAUAUUUAAACAAAAACAGCUUGGUCAGCUGUUUUUACUUUUUUUUCUUUUUUUCCCCUUUCUUGUUUCACUUCGCCAUAUCUUGCGCAGAAGGGGCAAAGAGACGAGAAAUCUACGAUAGCAGAGAGAAAUCAGUCGAACAGUGAAGCUCUCAACCCAAAUCUCUACUCUCUGUUUUGUGUAUAUGCGUGUGUGUGAGCGCCUCUGUGUACACACAAUUUUUGGCAACAAGGGGAUACGAGUUUAUACUUGCCCUUCUCUCCCUUCUCACUCUUUUUUUUUUUUACCCAGUUUACCAUAAUAAACUCCACUGCUGCAUAAAGUUAUCCCCCCAAAAAAGAUUUUUAACGUCGCUGCGUGGUUGACAAUCGUUCGAAGGUGUAUGGCUGUGUGCAUGUGAAUGUGAUGAAAUUUCUUAUGGUGGUCAUGCAACCAGAGCCCAAAAGAAGUUGAAGCUACGUUCAUCUUAUUGACCAGGAAGAGAGAAAGACAGACGGUGGCUUCCAUAAUUGAGCAAAAUUCCUCGUAAGGUGUCUGGAAUCCCGCCGUCUCUUGAAGGAAGAGCAGCGUGGAGUGGUGAGCAGCAACUUGGUGGGCAGGCGCAGCUGGCCGGACGUCUGGCCUUACUAGGCCACGCCAUACUGGCCUCGACCAGUGACGAAUCGGAUGAAGGUGGAGCAGCCCAGCCACCAAAAAAGAAGCUCCGCUCCGCAACCUGCUCAGCGAUACCCAGCAACAAUAUGCAGCAGCAAGCUACAACAGCCAAGAAUGGCUGUUCGUCAAAAGAUGCCAACAAUGGUAGUAAAAAUGAUGGUGGCCCCGCUACCGAGUCUCUGUUCGGUUUAAAAGACGUUGACGGCGUUGUGGGAGGCACUAAGCAUGGAGGACUGUUCGCUGAAGCUGAUCAAAGUUUUGCCGAAUUGGAUGGACUCAUUCAACCCAAAACUGUUUCGAAAACUGACCAGGAAAUCGUACGGAUAAUCGGACAGCAUUUGACGUCGAUAGGACUGCAUCGGAGCGCCGAAGUCCUUAUGCAAGAAUCGGGUUGUCGACUAGAUCACCCCGCAGCUGCCAAGUUUUGUCAGCACGUCAUGGAUGGCGAUUGGAAUAAGGCCGAGAUGGAUCUGAGUGAACUGAAGAAUGUCUUGGUCUGCCCUCAGAAUUUGGUCGAAAUGAAAUUCCUUCUUCAGGAGCAGAAAUACCUCGAGUGCCUGGAAGACGGGCGGGUUAUGGAGGCGUUGAACGUUCUCCGUCAUGAAUUGACUCCUCUCGGGCACAACGUCGCUCGCGUUCACGAGCUUUCCGGUUUUAUGAUGUGCUCGAGUGGUGAAGAAUUGCGUGAUAUUGCUCGAUGGCAGGGCAAAGGGCACCUGUCACGGGGAGCUCUCAUGGAGAGGCUCCAGCGCUUCUUGCCUGCGUCAAUCAUGUUACCUCCUAGAAGGCUUCACGCUUUAUUAACGCAAGCAGUAGAUUCUCAGAAAGAACGUUGUCCUUAUCAUAAUGUGAAAUCGAAUGCCCCUUUUGACAACGUAUCUCUGUUGAAUGAUCACCUGUGUUCCAAGGAACAACUUCCUCUGGAGACACUGCAAGUUCUCAACGAUCACUGUGAUGAAGUUUGGUUUUGUCGGUUUUCGCCCGACGGCACCAAACUGGCAACCGGAUCCAAAGACACCACUGUGAUGAUAUGGAAUGUGGAUCCGGAUAACUGUUCGCUGACGCAUUUGAAAACGCUGGAAGGCCAUUCGUACGGCGUAGCUUAUUUGUCGUGGAGCCCAGACAGCAGUCAUCUGGCUGCAUGUGGUCCCGACGACUGCCCAGAACUGUGGGUUUGGCAAGUCGAGACGGGUCAAUUGAGGACCAAAUUGUCGCACGCCUCUGAGGAUUCGCUGACGUCGUGCGCUUGGCAUCCGGAUGGUAGACGUUUUGUGGCUGGCGGAUGUCGUGGACAAUUCUAUCUCUGCGAUUUGGAAGGAAACGUGCUGGAAUCUUGGGAGGGAGUUCGAGUUCAAGCGCUGGCCUGGAAGAUGGACGGCAAAACUGUGCUGGCUGCCGACACGCAUCAUCGCAUUAGAGGAUAUAACUUUGAUGACCUGACAGACUGCAACAUACUACAAGAAGAUCAUCCAAUUAUGUCGUUCACGGUCAACAGCACAGGCCGUUUGGCUUUGCUCAACGUCGCUACUCAGGGUGUUCACCUGUGGGAUCUUCAGGAUCGCAUUUUGGUGCGCAAGUACCAAGGAUUGACCCAAGGUUUCUACACGAUCCACUCAGGUUUCGGUGGAUUAGGACAGGAAUUCAUCGCUAGUGGCAGCGAAGAUAACAAAGUUUUCGUGUGGCAUAUACGUCGUGAGCUACCUCUAGCAACACUGACGGGUCAUUCCAGAACGGUCAAUUGUGUUCACUGGAACCCGCGCUUCCCUCAUCUGCUCGCUUCAGCUUCAGAUGACGGCACGGUCCGGCUAUGGGGGCCGUCGCAGGAAUGCCGCAAUUCUGCUACUGCUGCCAGUACACAAGCCACUACAAAUAAUGCAGCCGCUACUGCAUCGGCCGUCACUAAUCAUUCAUCUGGUAGCCCCAAACCCACUCCGUCUAACUCAGGUCAUUCAUCGUAUACUGGUGCAUCGAACGGAUCCUAGUUUAAUACGCGAAUUUUAUUUUGUCUAAAGGAGAGAGUGAUGGGGAUUGAUAGCCAGUUCUCGAUUCGCACUCCCCUCAUAGAUGUUUAUGUACAUACGAGCGAUUAGGCGAGUUAAAGUGUAUCGCAACAAUGGGCGAUGACUACCGGAAAAGAAACACCAUCACCGUUUUGCUUCUCUUCUGGUGUGUCACCUGUUUCGCCAAUCCGCAAAUAUUAUUCAUCUCGGCCACUACUAGACGCGAAAUCCUGUAUUCAUCUUUUUAUUCGUUGAAGAAGAGUCAGUCUACAAGAGAAAGACGUUGAGAACAAGGUUUUACCAGCCUUGAACGUUUAUUUCAAGUCGUUCAUCCCCUCUUGAACUUGACGAGAAAUAAAUUGAAGUGAAAGCAUUUCUCAUUGUAUUAUGGACGCCGCCGAUUGAUACAAACCCCUCGGAUUGUUA